AUGUCUAUUUUUAAUGAGUUAUUGCCGAAAAUCAAUGAAAUAUCAAAUGCUUUUACUAAAAACUUCAACGAUGACCUCAAGGCCGUGUUCGAUUGUUUUGAUAAGUUUGAGGAAGAGUUUCAAAAUGGACGAGGAAAGGCGCGGGAGAAAGCUACAAAGGAUAAAAACCCUAUGACGACCCUUCAGAGUAUCCACGAGGAUGAAGAUGAAAUAUCAAAAUCAUCGGAAACAGACAACAGUAAACGUAGAUCCAGCAACAAAUCGACGACGGACCUCACAACUGGUCGCAGUUCCACAGAAAGUAACUCGGACAGACCACGGCGAGCUUCCAAGAAACGCAGCAAACAUGAAGUGGAUGACAUGUCCAGUCCGGAACAGGAUAAACGACAGAAGAGAAAUGCUUCAGUUAAAGCACAGAGUAUUAUUAGCAAACAGGUGAAUGUGAAUCUAUCCCAGAAGCUCCGUCGUGAGGACACGGAGAAGGCGUCGCGCGGGCGCCGACGCAAGGACGAUGAUAAAGAAAACCAUGAACCUCCACUAAACAUACAAAUAAAACAAGAGAAGGUCUCCCUGCCACCGGAGCCAAUGGACACAGACGCUUUGCCAGUCGAUAUUCCAAUCAAAGAGGAACCGAAUAAGGAUGAAAUUGCCAUGCCGCCGCCAGUCGCACCCGUGCCCAAACCACGUAAAGCGGUACCUAAAGAGAAACCGGAGGAGAGCAGUGAGGAGGAGGGUUCAGGGAAACGAAGAACUACACGGACCAGGAAACAAAAUGAUAAUGUGGCGCCACCUAUGGCGUCAGCGCGGUCCACUCGCGCCAGUUCCCGGUCGGCGCGUCCCACGGAGACCGAGGACCCCGCGCCUCCACCCACUGAGACACGACCCAAACGUACCAGGGCUAAAAAGAAAGUAUCAGAAGUGGCUCCAGAACCAGAGAAGGCUACAGAAUCACAAGAAAGUGUUCCUGCUUCUCCUGCUGAAAAACCACGGCCGAAGAGGACUAGGCGAGCACCGAAAGCAGCUGAAAAACCAGAAGAGAAACAACAAAACAUUACUCCGCCGCCCUUACCAGCCCCAGAAAUGAACAUAACACCAAAGGAAGAAAGGAUCUCACAGCCACAACCGACAUCGCCAAUUUUACAGAAAGAAGCGCCUAAGAAUAAAAGCAAAAAGGAGCCUAUUGUCGAGCUAACAAGGUUGAAUUUAGAUGAAAUAGACGCUCUGGAUAAGACUAGAGUGAUUGAUAAAGUCGGCGAUAUGGACCAAACUGUGGUUAUACCUAAUGGAGUUUAUAAUCACGCGCCUGUUACGCCCAAGAAUGUUCGCAAUUUGAAUGAGACAGUAGUACUGGAGACUGCGAAUAGAGAAACAAUGGUCCUAGACAAACAGAACCAUGUUAUGGAUGCCACAGUCGUCAUCGAUAAAGAUCCAAAACAAGUGAACAUAACAGACGACAACUCCCUGCUAACAGACGACAGUGACGCGACAGACAUGCACACUCCACCUAAACAGCCACCUCCACAGAUGCAACCUACGUCUGCAGUAAAAGAGAAGGUUCAACAGUUUGAAGAGUUGGCUUCGAGAGUGACCAGAACUAAAACGAGAGCCAUGGCUAAGAAGGAGGAGCAGCCAGAGGAGACCCACACGCCUCCCGACAAGAUAGUGAAACCUGUACUCUCUGCGGAGACGCUCAACAAGAUGAACAAUAUGAUCUUCAAUGGGAAACCGCCACAGAUAUCAAGUUCAGCGACAAAGCCGCGAGCGAACAUAGUGACAUCAACGAAGUCUUUGAUUCCCGCGUCCACUUCGAAACUGAGCGGAAUCAACCGAGCGAGGGAGGCGGAGGAACUCAAGAAGGAGAGGGAGGACGCUAGGAAGAAGAAGGAAGCCAUGCUAGAGGCUAAGAGGGAACUUCAGAAGAGAAAGCGCGAGGAGAAAAUGGCGGCGGCGGCGGCGGCGCGCGAGGCAGCCGACAGGGAGCGCCGCGCCGCGCUGCAGCUGGCCGCGCGCGAGCGGAUGGAGAAGCAGGCACACGCCGACCAGGGGAAACUGGACCGGCAGAGGGAGGCAGAGCGGAAAAAGCAGGAGUUAGCUCGCAAAGUAGCCGAGACGGAGGAGAGAAGACGUGCCGAGGAACAAGCCAGACAACAACGACUGGCCGAGGAACAGAGGCGGGCCGACGAGGCGCGGAGGAAACAGUUGGAGGAGGCGGCCGCUAUGAAGAAGGAAGCAGCAAUCAUGGCGAAAGAGAUUGAGAAAAGACAGAAGGAGUACAUAGAGAAGCAGAAGAUGAAACAUAGAAUGGAAGAUAAAACACACACCCCGCUAAAAGGCCCCGGCACUCCGAGUGGAUGGCAGCCACAACUGUCCCCUGCAUACAUGGCGGAUGGGUUCCAGUACCUCAAUUCUGAUGAGGACGAGGAACCAGUCGACAGACCUGUACCUGAGUGGAGUACUUCUAAGGCCCGGCGCGGCCAGCUGUACGUCCAGAGCCAAGUGUGUCGCGCGCACGUCGACCGACUGUUCAGCGUGCGCGUGCACUCGCCCGACCUGCGCGACAUCUUCCCGCGCAUCGAGCGCGCGAGACUCAAGCGGACCUCCUCCGCCGUCUGGCACACGCCGCCCGCGCGCCUGCCCGCGCUCGCCGAGUGA